AUGACCGGAGAAGGCCAAGGACAGACCAGCAAAGGCAAGCGGUCUCCCGGCGCGCUUCUGGGCUGCUCUCAGGCCGCCAUUGCAGCCAUUCCUCGUUCCCAUCACACCGCGAAGUCCCCCUCUCGCACUUGCGCUCUUCUAGCAGGACACCGGCGAAGACGCGCUAGGGCUUUAGAGGAACGCGAUCCGUCGCUCAUCAACCUCCCGUUUCCCAUCCCGUCCAUACCGAUCCUUGGUCCGCUCUUGUCUCCCCUGAUUGGCGGGGAGCCAUGGCCGGCGGCGACGUCCACGCGAGCAGAGCAGACGACAAAAGUCUCGCCAACCACAACACAGGCGCAGGACACCUCACCUGCAGCAGAUCCUUCUUCCUCUCCUGCGCAGGACCCCACGCCAGAGCCGCAACAGACGUCGACGCCUGCUCAAACAAAUCCAUCGCCCACUCCCACCGACUCGGGUGGGGGCUCUGAAUCCGGAGGUUCUUCUGGGGACGGACAAUCGGGUGGGGAAGGUGGCGGCUCCGAAGGCGACGGUGGCGGGCAAGGCAGCGGGGGGUCGAGCAGCGCGAGCGGGACAGGAGCGAGCGGAGGAAGUGGUGAGAGUGAGAGCGCAGGUGAUGGCAGCGGCGGAUCGACUUCAGGGUCAUCGGUGUCAAGCCCAUCAGACCCAACAGAUCCUGCCAACGCCGCCUCCGCCUCGCGUGGCUCUCAGACCCUCUCAGUUGCAGCUGGCUCUGGCAACACCCCCGCAGUUUCACAAUCACCAUCAGGUCAAUCUACCAAUGGCUCUGGCGAUGCAGACAUUUCUCCAUUCACUGUUGCAGGCGCAAGUGCUUAUAGAACAGUAGCACUGGCGGGCGCGACUUCCGUACCCGCGGCCAUAGCCAACGCUCAAGGCGGGGCAGUCAUCUCAAGUUCCCUCCCAACCGAUGGCUCUACAGGCGAAAACGGCGUCGGGAGUGCGGCGACUGGAGUAUCCGGUGUUGCCGCACUCACCGGCUCUGAUAGAGCCGCCGCUCCGCAUCAGACCUCAAGGCCAUCUUCCGGCGCAGGCUCGUCCGGGAGUGGCAGCACAGCAGGGGGCGGCACCGGGCAAAGCGCGGGACAGUCUGGCUCUGCAGGAACUGCACACGAUCCCUCCUCGCGCCAUCAUCUGUCUCAAGGCGACAUCGCAGCCAUUGCGGUGCUCACAACCUUCUUCUUCCUCCUGCUUCUCUUUCUCUUCCUGCGCAAGCGUGCUAUCUCCCACCGCCAUGACAGGCGGCGCCGCUGGCUUUUGGGCGGCGGCGAGAAGUCGUGUUACGGGCGUGCAGCCGCUUCAGGCUCGGACACCGCGUCUCGGAGCAGCAGCUUCGCCACCCCAGCCGAGUGGGAGGGCUUCUCUCCGACGAGCUCAAACGCACAAGCCUCCUCCAUUCACUUCGCUUCCACCGCUCCCGCAGCGCCCAUAUCCGAUGGAGAAACUGUACACGUCUGGCCGAGCAACCUCAGUGGGUCCAUCGCCACCCCCUUGCUCGCACCGACGGCCGCCUCCGAGCCAUUGCCCACCGUCCGCAGCCCGGAUCGCGUGUCCUGGGGCAGCGACGGGCCGUUCGUGGACUCCUCGGACGCGUCGUCGGACGGCUCCGGCGAGACGGACUGGCUCACCGCGCCCAGCAGCGCCGCGCUGCACGUCCGCAGUGUCGCCCUCCCGUCGCCCAUGUGCGUGCGCCCGUUCACGCCGUCCGAGGCGUGGGAGUUCCCGAAGCCGCCGUCCCACGCCGCGGCGUCGGACGAGCCCGACGCGCGCCGGAGCCGCGCUUCGACGCACGCGACGAUGGUCACGCCCGACUCGCUCCUCGUCUCGACGGUCGAGUCCUCGACGUACGCCACCGCGCCCGAGAACCCGUUUGCGGACCCCGCGAGCGCGUGCACCGGCGAGGGCGAGGGUGAGGGCGAGGACGACGGGCACACGGUGGAGUCGGCGGACGCGGAGACGGCAUCGCACUUCGCGACGGUGGAGGUGAUCCGGCGGCCGUUCGUGCCGACGAUGGACGACGAGAUGGCUGCGGCGCCGGGCGAGCGCGUGCGCAUGCUGCGGCGGUUCGACGACGGGUGGGCGUACGCGGAGAAGGUCCCGCGCGGGCGGCGUGGCCUGAUCCCGAUUGACUGCCUGCGCAUGCCGGAGGAGGAGCUGCCUGCAUUCCUCGCGGCGAAGCGGCUGAGCAGCUACCGCGGUGCGCGCUCGCCGAGUCCAUUGUGGAGGGGAAGCGAGCAGACUGUCGGGACGGCCUUCUGA